AGCUCAUUUUGGGUUCAGUGUGUUGUGGACAUUGGAUUAUACACCGUACGUCCGCAUUAGAGGAGGAGUUCGGAUGUGAUACUCGAAAAUGACCGGAUGAUAUGGGUGUUGAGGGAGGUUCCUUUUUGGAUUUGGUGCUUUUUCUCAUAUGUGCUAAUGUAGCUUUGAAGCUUUUCGGCGUAUGCGACGUUUGCAUACCGUACACGAUUCUCCUUACCGUUCUCAUCAUUGGCUGCAUUCUCAUCUCCCGUUGGCGAAGCUUCAACGGUCACUCAUCGAGAUGCUGGAUUGGAUCAUCGGGUUGUUCUUUAUCUGGAUGCUGUUCCCGGGGCACGGAGCCGGGAAACCGUUUCAACGAAGAAAGAAACGAUCGCUGCCAAAGCUCAGCAGCCAGGACGAGGACGGGCCAAACCCCCACACCCAAUACACAGGCGUCACACACUUCGAGCCUAUACCUCACGAUCAUGACUUCUGUGAAAGGGUCGUCAUCAACGUGAGCGGGUUACGGUUUGAGACACAGCUUCGCACGCUAAACCAGUUUCCGGACACACUGCUUGGCGAUCCAGCGCGGCGGAUAAGGUACUUCGAUCCUCUGCGAAAUGAAUACUUCUUCGACCGCAAUCGACCUUCUUUCGAUGCGAUCCUCUACUACUACCAGAGCGGCGGUCGUCUUCGACGCCCGGUCAACGUGCCCCUCGAUGUCUUCUCCGAAGAAAUCAAAUUCUACGAACUGGGGGAGAUGGCCACUAACAAGUUCAGGGAGGACGAGGGUUUCAUUAAAGAGGAGGAGAAGCCACUACCGUCGCACGAGCUACAGAGGAAGGUGUGGCUGCUAUUCGAGUAUCCGGAGAGCUCGCAGGCGGCGCGAGUCGUUGCCAUCAUAUCCGUGUUCGUAAUCCUUCUGUCCAUCGUGAUCUUCUGCCUUGAGACCCUCCCCGAGUUUAAGCACUACAAAGUGUUUAACACGACGGCGAAUGUCACAAAGAUCGAAGAGGACGAAGUGCCGGACAUCACGGACCCGUUCUUCCUAAUAGAGACUAUUUGUAUCGUCUGGUUCACGUUUGAGUUAUCAGUACGCUUCCUCGCCUGCCCAAACAAGUUAAACUUCUUCCGUGACGUAAUGAACAUCAUCGAUAUCAUCGCCAUCAUUCCAUAUUUCAUUACACUGGCUACGGUGGUGGCCGAGGAGGAGGACACGCUCAACCUGCCAAAGGCUCCGGUCAGCCCGCAGGACAAGAGUACCAACCAGGCGAUGUCCCUAGCGAUUUUAAGGGUCAUACGGCUGGUCAGGGUGUUCCGAAUAUUCAAACUCUCCAGGCACAGUAAAGGGCUACAAAUUCUAGGUCGCACUCUUAAGGCCUCGAUGCGUGAGCUUGGCCUGCUCAUCUUUUUCCUGUUCAUUGGCGUCAUCCUGUUCAGCUCAGCGGUGUACUUCGCGGAGGCUGGCUCGCAGGAGAGUUUCUUCAAAUCGAUACCGGACGCGUUCUGGUGGGCCGUCGGAAAAGCGUCGCAUGUCUUCGGAAAAUUUUUUCUCACCAGCUGCGACAUGUACGUACAUGCAAUAGUAGUCGACACAAAAUUCUGUCCUGAUUCUCGAUAUAUUGUCAUAGGAAAGCAGAUAAGAAAAGACGAAAAACAACUUCCUCUUCGCGUUCGUAAUUGCUCUAUUUCAAUUUCGAAUAUCCAUACAUGUGUAGCUAUAUGUCCGACGAAAAUGUUCAACAGCCAUAUCGUGUUGUUUAUUAGAAAACAAUAAUUAACGAUACGUUUAAAUGAAUGGAAAAAAAAGGAGGGGGAAAAAAAAUAUAUAUAUACAUAAAACCGAAAACACUACCAACAAAUCAAUCCCGACGCAAAGUCAAGCAGUUGAAAAUGAGAAAUGAGACGGACAAGAAGUUUCACCAUUUUUUCACCAAUAAUUAAUCUAUACGAAAGUUGAAGAUAUUUUUCAACGAUUUCAAUAAAAAUUUUCUCAACAAAUUCAAUAUAUAUGUAUAUAUAUAUAUGUAUAUGUAUACAUAUGUAUAAUGUAUAUAUAUAUAUGUGUGUAUAUAUAUUGUAUAUAUAUAGAUGCUCAAAUCUGAAAUAGUUGCGUGCACAAUAUCGAUCAUCCCUGAGCCAAGUCCAUGUUCUAGCUACCUAUCUACUCUAACUAUAUUCUAUUAACUAUACUAUUCUAUAUACUGUCUAUGUCACUGUCUGUAUAUAUAUGUGUAUAUAUACGUAUAUAUAUGCGCGUGUGUUUGAGAGUGUCAGAGUGCGAUUACGCAUACACAUAUAUUAUGUAUAUGUAUAUACACGGUGUGCUUUUAUCCUUCCACCACGGCUGAUGAACUGCCUAAUACCUAACAACUAAACCUUGUACAGAUUAUUCCGUCAACUCGAUCUACAGUGGAAUUAUUCACACAGGCCCAAAUGCUAUUUUACUUGAAACGUGGAUCAAAAAAAUUUCGUUGCAGUAUGAAAUUUCCUUUCUUUUUUUUUUUAUGCUAUUCUUGUUUCGUUUUUUCGGUCGCUGAAUUUCACGAUCUUGAACGAUCGUCGACGAUUAUUACGACGAUUCAGGGUACUGGGCAGUGUAAGUAAGACGAAAAUCGUUCAGUCUUCAACACUUUGUAGAUCAGAAGAAAGUUGAGAAGAAAACAAAACUACCUAUUGUUUUAGCAACUAUUUGAAGGGUAUUCAUUUUUUCACUGAAUUAACUGAUGAAUUUUUCAAUUGAUUCCUGUUUCUAAAAGUACGAAUAAAUUUCAACACGAUGGAAAUUCUUUGUUCUAAACGGAUGCGACAAAGUGUUGUUGAGAUUUUUAAUUUUUAUUCAAUAAACAAUCCGUUUAUUCGACAUUUUGUUCUUGAUAGUGAAACAAGAUUUUAAUCGGUAAGGAAAUCAAUGUAUUCAGACUCUAUGCAAAAUGUGCGUCGAAUUUAUUUUGAAAAGAAUUUAGUUUACUAUCUUUCAUGUCUUUGAUUUUUAGCUUGAGAUCUAGAAGAAUGAGUUUGGAAAAAGAGCUGCAAAGUUUCUCAUACAUAAUUUAUCGCAAAUACGUUUCAUUCGGAUUAAUCGAUAAAAUUGGUAAUAAUUUUUUUUUUUCUCCCAAAAUUCCAAACAGUAAAUUGAAUAGAAAAGGAAAGUGAAAUUUGAUAGUAACUGAAAAUUUUAUACGCCUAGCCUAGUAUUUCAUACUUUGCUAAAUUAACAUUCCAUUGCCUAGUGCCCUUAACCUUAUAAAAAAUGAGAAAAAAAUGAUAAAAAAAAAAAAAAAAUCAAAUCAAAUCCCUAGUUCUCAAAGUUUCCAACUUGCCAAUCGUAAAUUUUCGCUCUAUCGACUCUCAUUGAAUUCUCUUGAAAUUGAUUCUCUUUGGUAAAAUAUUUUUUUUUUCUUUCCAUACCUGAUACGGUGAUAAAUCGUAUUUCGAGGACGUAAAUCAUUCUAAGCGAUUGAAUCAGGUAUACUUUAAGUCGCGCUUUAUGUACGUUGAAAAUCGAUCGAUUCAAUAGUAUAAAUAUUCGGUUUAAUGGGACGUGGAGAAAAAAAAAAUAUAUAUAUAAAAAUGCCUGUCCUAAAAUUGACUACGGUAAUCCGCAUCAAAUCCAAAUCUUUGUUAAACACAAACGCGAGUUUUGUCACGGCGAGAAAACUGAUUAAACAAGCAGUCGAUGUUCCGACCAUGAUAUUCGGUGCGUAUUGUUAUUAAUUAAUUAUUUAUCGGCUGUGACUGCAAUAGUAAUUAGAGAAAAAAAAAGAAAGAAAGAAAGCAUUUAGGUAU